AUGGGUGAUAAAAAAUCAGUAAUUAAAUUAUAUGGAAUGAAAAUGUCUACAUGUACUCGACGAGUUCGAUGUGUAUUAGAAGAAAUGAGUUUACCGUAUGAAAUUAUUCCUAUUGAUUUGAGCAAGGGUGAACAUAAACAACCGGCUUAUCUUGCUCUUCAACCAUUUGGUCAAAUUCCUCUACUUGAAGAUAUUGAUGGAGCAAAAAUAUUUGAAUCAAGAGCAAUUAUUCGAUAUUUAGUAAAAAAAUAUCCAUCUGAAGGUGCAAAAGUACAACCUGAAGAUAGCAAAAGCUAUGGUCAAAUGGAGCAAUGGCUAAAUGUUGAAUCUGAACAUUUCAAUCGUGAAGCUACUCCUCUCGUUUGGGAAACAUUAUGGAAGCCAAAGAUGAAACAUUUAGGUGAAGUUGAUGAAAAACUAGUGGAAGAAAAAAAGAAGAAAUUAGAAAGUAUCCUAUCAAUUCUUGAUAAUCAUUUGGCAACGAAUGAAUAUUUUGCUGGAAAUCAAUUUACAAUAGCUGAUAUUAGUUAUUUACCAUAUACAGAAAAUUUAAUUAGAGCUGGCCAUAAAGAUCUUUUAUUAUCGAAGGCUAAUUUUGCUACAUGGUGGAAAAAAUGUAGCGAACGAUCAAGUUGGAUUUUAUGCAAAACUGAACAAGAAAUUGACUUCUAA